GAAAACUCGAGCACACUUGCAUAGUUCAUUUGUUGGAAGCUAUUGAUAUUUUUCUUUGUUACUAUUAUUUUAGACGAUAUAUUGACAUAAUGACCUGGAAUUCUUUUUGGACAUUCCUUUUUUGUACGCUUCUGUUUGGUUUGACUAUAAAAAUGCUCUCACACAAGUUAUACGUAAGAAGAAAACAACCUGACAUUUUAAUUAUUGGUGGAGGUGCGGCAGGAGUGGCUGCAGCUCAACGACUUCAUGAAAAAGGAUUCACUAGAAUAAAAAUUAUUGAAGCUGAGAAUAGGCUUGGUGGACGUAUUAGGACAAUACCUUUUGGUGGUAAUGACAUUGAUUUGGGUGCUCAUUGGGUUCAUGGUGAAGAGAAAAAUGUGGUGAAUGAAAUGGCUGGACCAAAAGAUCUUCUUGAACAUUCUGGAGAUUUCAAUGAAGUAAAUUAUAUUUUUUCUAAUGAAACAGAACUGAAUUCUGGUCUUGGAAUGUUGUUAUUUGAACAAGCUGCCAACCUUCUGGAAGACACAGAUACCCUAAGCAAAUCAGAAGGCUCUGUGUUGGACUACUUAAACAACAGGGCUAAACCAAUUUUAUUUCAAGCUCUGCCAAGUGAGGCUAAGUUGGAAGCAUUUUUUAAUUGGCUUGUAAAUUUUGAGUGCUCUGUUGAGGGCUGUGAUUUUCUUGACGAAGCCUCUGCCAAAGGUUUGGCUCAUUACAAGCAAUGCUCUGGUGACCUUCUACUGAACUGGAAAAAAGGAGGUUAUUACAGCAUUAUUGAAAUGUUACUAAAUCAAUUUCACAAAGAUAGUUUAGCUUCUACAAUUGAAGAAAGUAUUAUAUUAAAUUGUGAGGUAUCAAAGUUGGACUGGACAGGGAUGGGGGUUUUAGCUAAAUGUAGUAAUGGAAAAGUAUAUUAUGGUGACCAUGCAAUAGUUACAGUAUCGCUGGGUGUUCUUAAAGAAAGAAGCAAAGCCCUUUUUGAUCCACCCCUCCCUGAUUAUAAAAGGAAAGUGAUAGCCGGUUUGGGCAUUGGCACUGUCAACAAAAUUUACUUACAGUUUCCAUACACUUGGUGGCCCAAAAAUUCUUCUGGUUUUAGUCUUCUCUGGCUUCCAGAGCAAAAGGUGUUGCGAGAAGGAGAAUUUCCAUGGGAACUUGAAAUUAUAGGUUUUUAUACUGAAAAAAGAGCCAUUAACACAUUGUCAGUUUGGUUGAUUGGUAAAGCAGCUAAAGAUAUGGAAUGUUGUACUGAAGAGCAGGUCAAGGCUGCGUGCUAUAGGGUUCUAAAAAGAUUUUUAAGUUUUAAAUAUACAAUACCUGAGCCAAUAGAUGUUGUGAGGAGUACUUGGUAUUCUAAUCCUCAUUUUCGAGGUUCCUACAGCUUCAGAAGUGUCAAUUCUGAAGGUUUGGGAGUUACUGCUGCUGAUUUGGCUAAACCUUUGAAAAAUCAUUUUGGGAAAGAGGUGCUAUUGUUUGCUGGUGAAGCAACCCAUAGCUCUUAUUAUUCUGCAGUGCAUGGUGCUGUUGAGUCAGGCUGGAGGGAAGCUGAUCGGCUGACAGAAAUGUAUCAUUUUGAUAAACUAAAUGAGAUAGGAAAAUCUAACCUCUAAAAAAACUUCAAUGGAGUUCGUCCUUUUCAUUCAUUAACUGCUCAGCUGUGUUUUAUUAUUUGAAAGUUUGUGUUGGUUUUUAAAAUUGUAAAUUAUAUUUUUAUUAAAACAGAAGUGAUAAAAUGUCGGA